AUGCAGCUCCAGGCCUACUACAAUGCAGCGGGCAAGGAUAUCGACAUGCGCCAGCUGUUCAAGGAGGACAGCGGCCGCUUCUCCAAGUAUUCCAACGCGCUGAAGCUCAGCUCACUCGACGGCAAGCACUCGACGGAGCUGCUGAUUGAUUACUCGAAGAACUGCAUCGACGACAAGACCUUUGAGCUGCUUCUUUCCCUGGCCAGGGAGGCCAAGCUUGAGGAGUAUCGCGAGAAGAUGUUCACUGGCGAGCACAUCAACGUGACCGAGGACCGCGCCGUUCUGCAUGUUGCCCUGCGUAACGUUGGCAACGCCCCGAUAUACGAGAGCGGCAAGGACGUGAUGCCCGAUGUCAACGCCGUCCUGGACCACAUGAAGGAGUUCUCUGAGGAGAUCCGCUCGGGCGCCUGGAAGGGCUAUACUGGCGAGCGCAUCACUGAUGUGGUCAAUGUCGGUAUUGGUGGCUCUGAUCUGGGCCCUGUCAUGGUCACUGAUGCCCUGAAGAAAUACAGCCAAGCUGGCUUGAACGUGCAUUUGUCAGCAACGUUGACGGCACGCACUUGGCCGAGGCUGUCAAGAAUCUCGACCCUGCAAGACCUUUUUAUCAUUGCCUCAAAGACUUUCACCACGCAGGAGACCCUGACCAACGCGCAGUCGGCCAAGGAGUGGUUCCUGGCCACUGCAAAGGAUGAGUCUCACGUGGCCAAGCACUUUGUCGCUCUUUCGACCAACAGUGAGGGUGUUGCCGCCUUUGGCAUCGACACCAAGAACAUGUUCCAGUUCUGGGACUGGGUUGGCGGGCGCUACUCGCUGUGGUCAGCCAUUGGCCUGUCCAUCGCCAUCUUCAUCGGCUUCGACAACUUCCACGCGCUGCUCGAGGGCGGCCACGCCAUGGACCGUCACUUCCGCACAGCCCCGCUCGAGGAGAACAUGCCAGUCAUCCUCGGCCUGGUCGGCAUCCUGUAUAACAACUUUUACGGCGCUGAGACACAGGCACUGCUGCCCUACGACCACCGCGAGGUCAACUACCAGACUGGCCCUAUCAUCUGGGGCGAGCCCGGCACGAACGGCCAGCAUGCCUUCUACCAGCUGAUCCACCAGGGAACCAAGCUCAUCCCCUGCGACUUUAUUGCACCCACUCACACGCUGAACCCAAUUGGCGGCGGCGUCCACCACGACAUCCUGCUGUCCAACUUCUUUGCCCAGCCCGAGGCCCUGAUGAACGGAAAGUCUGUCGAGGUCGCGCGCGCCGAGAUCCUUAAGGAGGGCAAGCUCACCAGCCAGAGCGAGAUUGACGCCCUUGCGCCCCACAAGAGCUUCAAGGGCAACCGUCCGACCAACUCGAUCCUGGUCAACAAGGUUAUCGAUCCGUUUGCCCUCGGCGCGCUCAUUGCGCUCUACGAGCACAAGAUCUUCACCCAGGGCGCCAUCUGGAGCGUCAACACCUUCUCGCAGGAGGGCGUCGAAGAGGGCAAGCGCCUGGCCAAGGCCAUUCUCUCUGAGCUCAAGGCGCAGGGCAGAAUCGAGUCGCACGACUCGUCGACCAACGGCCUGAUCAACUACUACAAGCAGAACCGCGCUUGA